AUGUCUCAUGUCUUAUUACACACAUCAACUCUUCACUCACAUUUGGAAAGAUCCAAUAGCCACGAGGGCAUCUCAGAUGACCCCCUCAUUGCAUUUUCAAAGGACAUUGGGUUUGAGCGGGCUUCUGAAGCCAGCUUCACCUGGGACUUCAAAGUCUCCCCCUUGACUCUCAUGGAAUACAUCGCUCAGGUUGUCUGCUGGCAACGGCUCUGCAUGCUUGAAGACGCUGGAUAUAGCUUCAGUAGCUCUGACUACUGGCAGAAGCAUAUCCUCUGCUGGGACGUCCAGGCUGAAAACUGGGGUGGUGAAAUGGCUGUGGGUUUUGAUGGGGCAGGUCAGAAGAUGUAUGACUUGCUGUCUCUGAAGCGUGAUAUUGAUCUAGAAUCUGAAGCGUAUAAACAGGCAUCUGAACUGGUGUGGAGACUCUUGGCCAAAUCCAGCAUGCAGAAGAUUACCCAUGGCAAGAACUUGACACAUUCUGUACAUCUUGGGCAUCUGUGGGAUGAGAAUCCGGGCAAGGACUGCGAAGAAGGGACGUUUGGAGAGCUGCUGAGGUAUGGGACUGUGAGGCGCAGGAAGACAAGGGAGACUAUUGUGCGCAAGGAGGCAACUAAAGCGAAGGUGUUACUUAAGUAG